GGUUCAGCAAGUUGAUCACAGCUUUUUGUGAUCCAGCCCUAUCUCGGUCGUGGUUGCAAAACUAUUGCCACGCGACAGCGGCGUUGUGGGAACUGCAAGCAGGCAUCCUCCGCAGCUUCUAAACGUCACGAGAGCCGUCGCAGAGAGCUCUGCCACGUGGUGAGGGCCCAUUCGCGCGGGGCAAAUCUACUCGCGCGCCGUCGGCAAAGAAGCGCCAUGCUGCGCUGGACGCUCCUCGCGGGCGCCGCGUCGGCCCUCGUCGCGCCCGUCGUCCCGCGGCCGCGCUCGGCGCGGGCCGCCGCCGCCGUCGCCGAGAAGGAGGACGUCGAGCUGGCGGACUGCCCGGUGACGCAGUGGGGCGCGAGCAUCCCGGACAUCCUGGCGGCGCAGCAGGCGAAGCGCGCGGCGCCCGAGCAGCCGUUCCUGCACGUGCUCGAGCCGCCGUCGGCGGACCCCGACGCCCAGCUGCGGUGGCUAGCCGACCACCGGGACGAGGUGAACGCGAAGCUCGCGAGCCACGGCGCCGUCAACCUGCGGGGCUGGGACCUCGUCCGGACGCCGGAGGGCUUCCGCGCGGCCUACGAGGCGCUGGGCCUCGAGCCGUGCCGCGACCCGCUCGACGCGGUGAGCGCGCGGCCCAUGGUCGACAAGGGCAGCGCGGUGUACGAGGCCGUGAACAAGGAGUCGCGGGCGAACUUCUACAUCGGGAUGCACAACGAGUUCGUGGGCACGCGCGCGCCGCGCGCGGCCAUGUUCGUCUGCUUCCAGCAGGCCGAGGAGGGCGGCGAGUUCAUGGUCUGCGACGGGCGGCGCGUCUUCCGGGACUGCGACGAGGAGCUGCUGGCGCGGCUCUACGGGCGGCGGAUCCGGUACAGCGUCAUGGAGCUGCCCUUCUUCUCGUUCCUGGACGGCCUGCCGGAGGAGGUCGCGGCCGGCCCCGUCAAGAUCCCGCUCCGGGCGGGCGCGGCGUCGGCGGUGCGCGGCGUCGUCGCGGCGGCGAUCAACGCCAAGGUCGACUUCGACGUCGACAUGCAGUGGCUCGACGACGAGGCCUCGGCGUACGGCGACGACAAGACGCUGCAGGCGCGCGCGCCGGUGCAGCCGCCCGUCGUGCUCCACCCGGCGACGGGCGAGCCGACCUGGUUCUGCAACGUCCACUCGCACUCGUCCGUGCUGCGCAAGAAGCGCGAGUCGAUCUACGGCGCCGAGAAGUUCGAGGACGGCGCGUCGCGCAUCAACAAGAGCGACAUGUACUACGGCGACGACGGGUCCAUCGCCGAGGGCGACCUCGACCACCUCGACGAGCUGACGCGGAAGCACACGGUCUCGCUGCGCAUGGCGCCGGGCGACGCGGUCCUCGUGGACAACUACCAGACGAUGCACGGCCGCAACGUCUUCAAGGGCACGCGCAAGCAUGCCGUGUCGUGGUUCAAGUAGGGGGCCGGUCGCCAGUGUAGAGAAGAGGCGCGUAAGAAGCUCCUGCCUCG